AUGGUAUGGGGUGCAAUCUCAUACUAUGGUGUUUCAGAUUUAGUUUUCAUUGAAGACAAAAUGACUGGUGGAGAAUACAAAACAAUUUUAGCAAGACAUUUGUUUAAAUUUGCAAGAAAACAUCAGAUAGAUGGUUUUAUUUUUAUGUAUGAUAAUGAUCCUAAACACACAUUCAGUAUUGUUGUAAAUUAUCUUGAUGAAAUGAAAGUAAAUUUGUUAGAAUAG